AUGGAUGGAGGGCGCAUCGCCUACCGCUUUACAUUCAUUGACGUGGCCGAGGAACUCCAGGUGGUUGGCGAAGCACGCCGUGGUCGUGCCAGGAGCCAUUCCCCGGUGGCAUCCCAGUCGGAGUCCCUUGUCGUGGAUGCAUGGGCACAGCGUCAUGUUCGCACCCUCCGGCAGGGGCAGGACACGACAGUUUGCGAUCCACCCGCACCCAGCCGGGGCAGUGUCGGACACCCAACGUUGUGCAGCCGCCCAUGCGUCUACUUUGCAAAGCAGGGACAGUGUCCGACAGGUGAAGCCUGUGGGUAUUGUCACCAGCACCACUCCAGUGCCCGAAAGCCGGACAAGCAGCAGCGUGACCUAAUGAAAAUGAUGCCCAGGGCAGAGCUACUGUCUCUGCUGGCAGAGCUACUUCGUGAGCGUGCCGAGCAAGAUGGACUCGAGGAUGCAGGCUUUGCUGUGGCGGUGGUGGCUGUCCAUGCAGGACUUCCGGGUGCCUCAACGUCCUUUUCCAAGCAGGAGUGUCGAAGACUUCGGCUCCUUCGCCAGGUGGUUGGUGCCAUGAACUUCUCCGCAAUGCUUUCGCUGACUUCGCGCUACUGUGAAGGCCAUAGUCAGGCUGUCAUACUGCGGGAGCUCCAAGCUUUGCAGAACAACGCCCAAUAA